UGGAGGGUUCUGAACCAAAAUGUAACUCAAGAAAUGCCAUUUUUUUUUGGUUCUACUUGCUUCCUGAUCUUGGCCAUUUUUUUGAUUAUGCUAACAUUGGAUGUUUUAUGACCCUUUGGUUCUGGUUGGCACUCAAGUUAAUUGACCUGACAUUCAAAUAAUUGCUUGACGCAGACAAGCUAAACUGAAGCAAACGGUUUGUUUGCCCUUUCUUGGGCUGAUUUCGUUUGAUGCUCUACACAUUGGGGUCAGAUCCCACGGAAAAUGAUAGUGUAGAGGGUUUGAGACCAAAUGCUAGAGGGCCUGGUCUGCAUGCUAAAUCUCUGCGAUAUAUUGGAAGCACCAUAGUUGGCGUCGGUUCCCCAGACCCCCCACAAUUUGUCUGUGAUGAUAGUGAAUACGAAGAUGUCUUUGUGUCAGGGAAUUGCUUGGAUUGGUGGGUUAAAGGCCCUAAAUUUCUUCACAUUUGUGAAUCAUCUUUGUAG